AUGAGUGCAAAACCGAGUGUGGUUAUCGUUAGUAGCAGUAGUACUAAGCCAAAGUCGUUAAUUAAGCUCAUAACGAAAUGUGCGGACAUCCAAGAGGACCCCCUUGACUCUACCAAGAUCGUCCACACUUGGACAAUCGAUACCAAAUAUUAUACCGCCGAAGUUGAUGUAAUUGGGAUAACAGAACACCACGAAAGAAGUCAGGCAUUUAAUGACAACGUCGAGGCUCUAGUAAUCCACAUAGACACAAACAAGGAAAAUGGUUUAAAGGACUUAGAAAUGUGGUCCAGUUUACAAGAAGACUGCGAUCCCGAGAUCAAACUCCUAAUCGCAAAUUACUGUACCAACGAGACGAAAAUCACCAAAGCUGCCGCUACAGAAUGGUGUUUAAAGCACGGCUUUGAAUUAAUAGAACUGUACCCAGGAUCGCAAACCUGCGACCAGGACAUAAUAGAGGAAAAAAUUGGUGUUGAAAGGGUUAUUGAAGCCCUCCAGACCCACACUUGGUCCAAUCUGAAUAUGAAAAACCAAGAGAAAAACGACUUGAGCGUGAAAAAUCAGAAGAAAAACGACAGUGUGGUCGAGUUGUGUGAGGAGUUUCUUACAAGUGAAGGAAGCGAUGAUUUUAGCGAUUUAUUCGCACAAUUAAGCAUGAUGAAGGAGAGUUUGCAGUCUUUGCCGAUGAAUCAGAGGAAACAGUGCGCCGAGCAGGUGGUCACGGCGUUUUGGCGCGCAAUUGGGGGAGAUGAAGAGGAGAUUGCAGAUGUGUAAAUUAUUCCAUUGCAUUUAAUUAAAAUAUUAUAAAAUAAUUACAAAUUAAAAUAUUACGUAUUGUAUCGUUAUUUAAUAAAUAAAUUUACGUCAGA